AUGCUUUAGAGAUUGUCUACAGUGUUCAGAAGACCAAUGUUCUGGCAUGGGACACAUCAUCACGACAGUAACGAUGCUACAAAAAGGUUAUUUGACACUGUCUCUAGUACAGUGAAAGGCAUAUAAUAAAUAAACUAUGUGGUGGAGCACGAUCCAAAACUAACAACAGAGGAGAAGUCAAAAAUGAAGCAAUUCCUUAUUUAUAGAUACGAUCCAGCUGAUGAGAAUGACUUCCCCAAGUAUGUCAGCUAUUAUGUUGACUUGAAGAAGAUACCUCCAAUGUACUUGGAUGCAUUGUUAUACAUUAAAGACAAUUACGAUUCCUCAUUAUCAUUACGUAGAUCCUGCAGAGAAGGCAUCUGUGGAUCUUGCUCAAUGAAUUGCAAUGGUCUUCAUAAAUUGGCUUGUAUUCACGCUAUUGACACUGACUUGACAUAGCCAGCCUACAUCACUCCAUUGGGACACAUGUUUGUAGUCAAAGACUUGGUAGUUGAUAUGACCAAUUUCUACACUCAAUAUAAGACCAUCGAUCCUUAUUUGAAGAGGAAGACUCCAAAAGAAGGAAAUAAGGAAUAUAUUCAAUCUGUAGAAGACAGAAAGUUACUUGAUGGUCUUUACGAGUGUGUGUUAUGUGCAUGCUGUUCGACAUCUUGUCCUUCUUAUUGGUGGCAUCCAGAUAGAUAUCUUGGUCCAGCAGUGUUGAUGUAGGCUUACAGAUGGAUUGUGGAUUCAAGAGAUGAGUACACUGAUGAGAGACUUGAAAAAUUAGCCGAAGAUGUGAAGGUUGAGGAUUGUUAGAAUAUUGGAAUGUGUUCAUUCACUUGUCCUAAAGGUUUGGAUCCACAGAGAUCAAUGAAUCAUUUGAUGAAAUUAAUAGAAGAAUACAAGGAAAGAAAGAUUGCAUCUGCAACAUUAUGAAAUAAUAUCAUAUAAGAUAACAAUAAUAA